CUAGCAUUAGAUCUAUAUUGAGAGAGAGAGAGAGAGAGAGAGAGAGAGAGAGAGAGAGAGAGAGAGAGAGAGAGAGAGAGAGAGAGAAAGAGAGAGAAGGGAAAAAGGGAGAGACUUGCUAAGAGCUAGAUUCCAUGGAGGAACACCUUAACCCACUAGCAGUCCCUCAUCUCCUUCAACACGCUCUCAGAAGCCUGUGCCUGGACGACAACUCCCAGUGGGUUUAUGCUGUCUUCUGGAGGAUCUUGCCUCGGAACUAUCCACCCCCCAAAUGGGAAGCUCAAGGAUCUUAUGAAAGGUCAAGAGGGAAUAGAAGAAACUGGAUAUUGGUCUGGGAGGAUGGCUUCUGCAACUUCGCCGCGUCGACGGCAGUCGAGUCUGCCAGCGGCGAUUACCCGAGCUCCUCGGUGUAUGGCAACAGCGAGUUCCUGCAGUACCAAGGACUGCAGCCGGAGCGUUUCUUCAAGAUGUCUCAUGAGAUUUAUAACUAUGGAGAAGGUAUAAUUGGAAAAGUGGCUGCAGAUUAUAGCCAUAAGUGGAUACACAAAGAGCCAAACGAGCAAGAAAUCAACUUCUUGUCAGCAUGGCACAACUCAGCCGAUUCACAUCCUAGGACGUGGGAAGCACAAUUUCAGUCUGGUAUAAAGACGAUCGCAUUAAUUGCAGUUAGAGAAGGUGUGGUUCAGCUUGGUGCUGUCAACAAGGUGUUCUUCCACCAUUUCUCUCCUUCUCAGCCUUCCACUCUAAGAAAGAACAAAACUACCUUUGAUCAUGUCCUGUGUGUUUCUCACCUUUUUUUCCCAUUCUCCCCUAAAGGGUUGGGGAAAACAAUAGUACUCUUCAUUUGUGCUUUUAGUCUCGUUCAUUUUUCUCACUUUUUUUUUUUUUUAACCUUCGUCAAACGGACGUCAAAGGUGGUAGAAGAUCUCAGCUACGUUGUACAACUGAGGAAAAAGUUCGGCUACAUAGAGAGCAUUCCCGGAGUGCUCUUGCCUCACCCAUCAUCUUCUUCAUAUCCCAACGUGGGAUACGGUGGCACACCGGACGGGGCGUGGCACUUCCAAACGAACCUUCAACCGCUGCCUGACCUCUGUGACACGUUCAACCAGCAUUUCAAGAUCACCCCGUCCAUGAGCAGCCUCGAGGCGCUGCUCUCGAAGCUCCCGUCCGUCGUGCCGCCACCGGGGUCUGAGUACUGCCACGAGCAACCGCCAUUGCAGUUCAUGACUCCGGCGCUGCCGCAGAGGCCACCCCUUGUGUUGAUGGCCGGGUUGGAGAAGGUGGAGGCCAAGGAGGAGAUGGAAGAAGAUUACCGGGAAGGAAGGAGCAACACCGUCGGCGAGAGCAGCAGCUCGAUGUCGGGUUACCGCCAUCUGGCGCACACGCAGCAUUUCUACCAUCGCCAGGACGUGAACUCGACGAGCAGCGCCAGCAACAAUGGGUUCUAACUAAGCGACAUCAAUACAACCUCCACAUUCGAUUCACAAUUUAGGAUUAAUGGAUCUCUAACGUUUGUAACUCAAUGUUUCAGUGUCUCUCUGUCUCUGUCUGUCUCUCUGUGGGUACUCACUAGACGAGGCUUGACUUGCAUGGCCUAGAACUAGAAGCACUUCCAUUGUCAGAUCGAUCUCGAAAAGCUUCAUAUGAAAUAAGGAAUCCACCGGCAGUCCAGUCUUUUGUA